AACCAAGCUACAGAUGUCAACCCAGCAGUCGGCGUUGGUAUUGCCUUGACCAACCACGGUUCUUCAUGGCUUUGGGCAGUGUUCUCGAUCUUCGGCCUGACCGCACUGGUGCACGCUUGGUACACGUUCUAUCACCUCCAUUUGGGCCGUGAUAAGUUCAGAGCUUAUUCUCAUAUUGGCCCUCUCUUCUCCGCUGCAACCUUGGCCUAUGCGUACUUCACAAUUGCAUCCAACUUGGGCUGGACAGGUAUCAACGUUGAGUUCCACAACUACCAGGAAGACCAGCAGGUCAGACAGAUCUUCUACGCAAGAUAUGUUGGCUGGUUCCUUGCAUGGCCAGGUCUUCUCUACACUUUCGAAUUGAACGCACAGUCGCAACACGUUGUGUCCUCAUCCGAUCUCUUCAGCAUAUUGGGCCACUUGGCUGUGCAGCUCUGUUCCACAGAGGUGUUUGUUCUUGGACUCUUGAUCGGCUCUUUGAUCUCUUCCUCCUAUAAGUGGGGUUACUGGACAUUUGCUGUGUCUGCUCAGCUCUUUGCGUUGUCUUUGCUGCUGUAUAGACAGGUUGCUUCUCAAACAAAGGCAACUUCAUUGCCAAAUUUGAUCGUGAUGGGAUUCUACACGGUCUGCUUCCUGCUUUACCCUGUCUCCUGGGGCCUUUCUGAAGGUGGUAACGUCAUCUCUGUGGAUUCAGAGUCUGUCUUCUACGGUAUUUUGGAUCUUAUUCUGUUCUGGAUCAUCCCAGUUGUCGUGCUAUACGAUUCUAGAAAGAAUGGU